UGACAGUGGACGUGUGUGUGAAGAAAACGCGUUAACAGUCAGGACUGUGCCUAUGUGCAGGGGCGAUUCUACAGGAAAUCAAUGAAAAUGCUGCAGCCCAAGCAGACCGAACCUGAGUAUGGGCUCAGCACUGACGCUGGUACAGCUCUGUCAGUUCCAUGCCGUUUUCAACAGCUAUCAAAAACAAAGUACAGGAUUUGUGUACUUCGUCUACCACUGGGAUUUGCCUACUCCUCCUAGCAGAACUCAGCCAGUUGAGAGAAGUUGGAGGGACAACUGGCUAAAUACAUGGCCAUGUACUGCCCGCUUCAGAUCUACCCAAAACAUUUCUAUUGAAUUGUGGUCUGGACUUUGACUAGCCGAAUCAAGAGGAAUGGACUGCUUUUUCUCUGAAAAUGGACAUUCCAGUGCCAAGAGAAGAAUUUCUCACAACAUGUGUGGACAUAGCAAAAGUAGUUUGUUUAACUUCACUGCACAUUGUCCUUCCGGCCCUCUACCAAAUGGUGGACAAGGACACACAGGCAGGACAUCGGGUAUCGACACCCCAAGCUGCCAGUCGACCCUCCAGUGGCAGCUCCAGGUCAUCUCGUCCCAGAACCUUGUACAGCUUUGUUCAGGAUGACGUGGAUGUGAUGAUUAUGAAGAAUGGCGUCCUCUCCAAAAUCCUCCGAAAGAGAAGUGCACCGUCUUCACCCAGCCUUCCUAAAGGCCAAUAUUCUCCGUCUCACAGCACACAUCACAUUAUGGUUAUACAGACGAACAUACAGAUACAGGUCUAAAACCUCAUUGGUGGAAUUCAAAUCGACUGCUCUCUGUGAUCAGCUGGAGACCAGCUUUGACCUCACUAAAGAGAGUUUAUGCCUCAGUGUCAUGCAAGACCUGAUGAAGAAAUUGAUUGAGCGUCAGUCCCAGUCUCUCAGUGGGGACCUGCGGGACUAUUCCAGUCACGUCGUUGAAGAGGUAGUUGUUUCUGUCUUUAGGGCACUGAGGACGUCUGGUCAGAAUGGUGUUAGUGCUCAGGAGACUACAGAGAUGCUCCAGCAAGUCUCCAAUAGGCUUUGUGGGUUUUCAACCAAGCAGGAUGCAGCAAGAGCCCAGGUUUCUCCUGCUGAGGAUGAGACUCUUGAAUCCACUUUGGCCUGCACAGCAAGAGACACAAUGGAUGCUCUAAUUCAAACAAUGGAAGACUGUCUGGAAGAUGGAGAUAAAUUCAAGCCAACAAAAAAUAUUCUUGCAACUCUGAAGAAAGUUGUCCAAGUGUUGGCUUGCCGUAGCACUUCCUUGGAGGAAUUUAAAGCUGAUGCUGUCAUCGACCGGGACUGUAAAAGUCGAAGCUUAGAACAAGCUAACACCAUUGAAAGUGCCCAGAUGCUAUCUAGUGAGGAGUUCCACUCCAAAUUGGCUGUUACGGAUGUACUCUGUGUCCACGGCUUUCUUUCUACUCCGUCCGUUAAUUCUCGUCUGACUCCAAGUGCUUCUCCUGUUGGAAAUAUCUUAGAGAACAAACCUGCCAUCUCCUCAAGGUCAGCUCCUGUCCUUUCGGGAUCAUUUCCUCAGACAGUUGACCCAGCCACCACAAUCCUUAUUGAAACAUUUGUUGGUGAGAUAAGGAAAAUAGCGCAGUCCUAUGAGGCUAGCUCAUGUGAGGGUAAUUCUCUGAAGGCAGAGAAAAUUGCGGCUGAAGAGGCCCUGGAUUAUGAGGCAAGUGUCACUGGGGCCAAAAAGAGCUCAGUCCUAGAGGCUGCAGUCCACAUCUAUCACAAGGUGCACACUACGGUGAGGGACCUGUUCAAACAACCACACUUUUAUCAGAGCAAAGGUGACGUUAUACCCAAUAAAAAUGAUACACAUGAACAGGAAUGCCAAGGCCUCUCUUUUCAAGGCCUGCCGUUGUCUAACUAAAGUUAUAAGAGUUUAUCUGUGGCCAUCUCAGAGGAUUCUGCAGAGCUCUGUGAAGAUUGACAUUGAAUCCUCACAACCCAUUCCGGCUUUAACUGAGCCUCAACUGGACACUUGCACAAAGGGUGUUCAGAGGUUUCCUUGCUGCAUACUUUAAUGGGGUCAAAAAGCAACCCCUCUCAUCCACGACUUCAAAAACUAGCCAGUUUCUGGACAGGGUACUUUACCAGCUUGAUGAUUUGACGUCCUCAUCCUCAGCCUCAACUCUCCAAUCCAAAGAGACUCUUCUCAGUGACUGUGCCACUUUCAUUUCUGAUAAUGAUGAAUGUUCAACCAGGACAGCCCUUGAGGAAGCUCCUGUAGCUCCAUGCAUUGAAGAACUCUGUAGUGAGGAGUUCCAAAUAAAAGCCUUCAAAGGAGUGAGUGAUGCACUUCUAGGGUCAGGAGUAAGCCACGUUUCUCUUGAAUUAAACACCUCUACUAGCAGUGCAUGUGGCAUUGAUUUGACCAAAGAGACAGUGAGUGGGACUCCAGAAUCAGCUGAUGAGGCCAUACCUGACAACUUGAGUGACAACAAGCCUGGAGUGAUGCUGGAUUCCGCUGCCGCUGGACUUUACCAAAGCAUGCAUAACAAAGUCAGACAGAUCUUUGCCCUGUGGAACUUUAAAGGAGAAUUCUGGUGUGAUAUUGACCUAAAGUGUGUUGAAACAUGAUACCGAGUGUGAACGUAUGUCUCAUAGCUCAC